AUGAAAAAUAUUUAUACUUUUAUAGUUUUUUUAUUACUCUUAUCAAUAGCUUUGAGUAAAAAUGGAUGUAUAAAGGAAGAGAAGAACAAAGAUGGGUCAGUCAGUGCUCUUAGUUGUCCGGAAUUCCAAAUACCACCUAAUUCAAAAUGCAAGAGAAAAGAAGGUGAUCCAAAAAAGCCGUAUCCACAUUGUUGUCCUUAUCCUGAUUGCCCAAAAUGCUGGAAUUAA